UUCGCUGUCCUGUUCGUUUCAGACAUCGGUUUUAGUAACAUCGGUUACGAAUUGUGAAGUCAUUUAGCAUGAAAGAGUGAUGAAUCUGACGAUGAAUCUGAAGGUUACUCCAGGAACCAUUUACCAUAAAAGAACCAAUUCAGGGAGAAGGGGAAAAAAUGAAGACACCCACUUACGCAGUUCUUAAAAUGAUAUAUAGCAGAGGCUAGCCAAAGGCCAAGGUUGUCCGUCACUUCUCAGGCCAUGGCCGGAAAAGGGCGAGUAGAAUACGCAGUGGUAGAUGCAUUCACGGAGUCCCCUUUUGGUGGAAACCCUGCGGCUGUGGUGCUCUGGUUGGGUGGCGCCGACGCGGACGCAUGGAUGCAAUCGGUGGCUAAGGAGUUCAAUUUAUCGGAGACCGCCUUCGUGUCGCCUGAGGAUGCGCCGUCGUCGUCGGGAGAGCCUGGCCGGAGGUUCCGCCUCAGAUGGUUCACGCCGGUGGCCGAGGUAGAUUUGUGUGGCCAUGCAACGCUAGCAUCUGCCCAUUUUCUUUUCUCGUCUGGGUUGGUCAGUGGAGACAAAAUCGAGUUCCUUACGAGGUCUGGACUUCUAACCGCAAACAAGGUUGGACUUGGAAGGACGAAUGACUUGAUGGAGGGGAAGUUUGCAGUGCAGCUGGACUUUCCUAUGGCAGCUCUUGAAGAUUGCGAUCCCUCUGAUUUCUCCUCGAUUACAGCAGCACUUAAUGGAGCUACAGUUACUAACAUAAAGAAGGCUUCCACUGACGAUUUACUGAUUGAGGUUGCUUCAGAAAAUAUGUUGCAAAAUCUGCAGCCACAGCUUAAUGUGCUGAAGAAUUUCCCUGGAAGAGGAAUCAUUGUAACAGCAGCUGCUUCCCCCAGCUCCGAUGUUGAUUUCAUCAGUCGUUUCUUCUGCCCCAGAUUGGGUAUUGAUGAGGAUCCUGUUACUGGGAGCGCACACUGCGCUCUGGCGCCGUAUUGGAGCAAGAAGCUGGGUAAGCACGAUUUUACAGCUUAUCAGGCAUCCCCAAGAGGUGGGAAGCUAAUCCUUCAAUUGAAGGAAGACCUUGGUCGUGUAUUGAUUCAAGGUGAAGCCAUUUCCAUCAUGGCAGGAUCCAUUCGAGUUUGAUAAUUUAUAUUCAAGGCUAUAUUGGGAAAAGCCAAGACUAGGAAACUAGAAGACGUUUGUUGAGCUCAAUUGUUUCCUUUUUCGGGUCAAUGCUCUUUGUAAGGGCGCAGCCAUCUUAGGCAGUAAGCAGCAGGUAGCAGCACGGUUAAUGCUAAUGCAGGUGAGGUUGACAUGAAAGGAAAUAGAUGGAAUUAUUGAAUGAUAUAAGGCAGAGGCAUGGCUUCAAUUUGGUGUUCUGAUUAGAGGAGAUGUUUCCUCCACAACACACGAUUACUGUUUUCAAAGACUUGAAGCAUUAGUCAUUUUAAUGAAUUACCGUUUCCUUCA